AUGAGUGCAUCUAGUAUCCCUAUCAAGCUUCUAAACGAGGCACAGGGUCAUGUUGUAUCUCUGGAACUUACCACUGGUGAAACAUAUAGGGGAAAGUUGGCUGAUAACGAGGACAAUAUGAAUGUACAGCUAAGAGAUGUCACGGUUACCGGGAGAGAUGGCACGGUGACACACGCAGACCAUAUAUUUGUGAGAGGAUCGCACGUCAGAUUCUUCGUGGUACCCGAUAUUUUGAAAAAUGCUCCAAUGUUUAAGCAGGGUCCUAUGUCGAGACCACCUCCACCAAUUAGAGGACCUAAGAAAAGAUAA